CACCUGAUUAUUAUUUAAAUUCGUCUGUUGAUAUUUGCACAUUUGUUCAUUUUUGCUCAAUAAACAUCUCUAUACUCUGGACAUUUAUCCCCUAACCAUCCCAUUUUUAAUCUGCACAACCACCCGUCCCCGCACCCAUGAUCCCAGACAGCAGGCUACACCAGCCAGCUGUUGGAUUAUUGCCACAGCACUAUCUCAUCGGGGAAGGCGUGUCACUCCCCGAAUUACUCAGCGCCCCUUUGUCCUCUGUCGGUGCCCAGCCAGCGACACUCAUGGCGGCUGCACCCGUCAGGCAGCGCUCCGGGCCAGGGGGACACCGGGCGCAGCUCCCGCCCUGCUACUACGAAGGAUACCUGGAGAAGCGAGCACCGAAAGAAAAGGCAUCGAGGCGACUGUGGACCUGUCUGUGCGGGAAUUCUUUGUAUUUCUUCAAUAACGCCAAGGACACUCAUUAUGUGGAGAAGCUGGACCUCAGUGGGUUUGUGUCCCUUAAGGACGACUGCAGCCGGGACAGAAAUCUGGAGGCAGCCAGACUCAUCCUGCGCAUGAAGGAUGGAGAGACCAAACUCACAGCACCUAACUUGGAAUCAAGGGAGCUGUGGAAAGGUUUCCUCUACUCCGUCGUAGAUCUGAAUGUACCGUCCUGUCUCACGCUGCUGCCGGGCCAGCUGCAGAUGCUGAAGGAGGUGGUGGACAAAGAAAGGUCCAGACGGAGAACUCGCACUCCCACGCGUGCUCCUCCCUCGCCCCUCUCCGUGCCUUUAGUGGGAGAGAUCCCACCGUGUUUUCGCCCGGUGUCUCGAACAGAGGCUGAAGUCCUCUUAGAGAGACACCCAGACUGCGGCAACAUGUUGCUCCGUCCAGGCAGAGAUGGAUGCUCACUGGCUGUCACUACUCGGCAGGACCUCAACGGGUCAGUGUUCAGACAUUACCGCGUGACUCAGAGGGACCAAGGUGGUUAUGUCAUUGAUGUAGAAAAUCCUAUUCCCUGUGCUAACCUUCACGAGGUCAUCGAUGCUCUGGUAGAGAAGACAGCAGGAACUCUCCAGCCUUUCCUACUGGAAGAGCCUUACGAAGAGAAUAUCACAUACGUUUCCGCCAAUGAUGAGAACGGAGAAAGAAUCCUCCACACUGCCCCCUCCAGCCCCCUGCCAAAGGCUCCUGCCCUGCCUCCAAAACAAGAUCGUUGGUCCAGCAGCCCGUCCAGAUCUCCCGCCCCCGACCGCCGUAUCCUGACCUCACCAGUGCCGGCCUCGCCCACCAACCCCAUGAGACGACUCAUCCUCGCCCCUUCACCUCUCGCACAGACACUCAAUGAGGAACUCAAAAUGAAGCUGGAGAAGAGACGAGCCAGUCAGGAGUGACUUACUCACAAGGAAUGACCUCCCGUCACAGCAUACUCAAUCUUCAGUGCCAAACCCCCUUCUCACUGCAGCUAUAUAUUCAUCCUGUGCCUUCUAGGUGGAAGACAAGGGACUACAAAUACCGCCACUUUCUCGUAGAGAGAUAUAAAAUGUUCUGAGUUUCAUUCUUUUGGUCUUGUUGUUGGACUUAGAUGAUUAAAUGGACUCUGACUAGCUCCUUAAGAGCAGGACUGGAUGGUUAAACACUGGAUUAGGUUCAUAAAACCUCAUAAACUGCUGCUUGCCUUGGUUGGGGUAACAAUCCACUAGUGCUUGUCCACUUACAUAAAGCUGUUUACAAACUGCCUCGGAGCAAAAUAAUAAUAAUUUUUAAAAAAAUAGCGCUAGAUCAAAUGAUUUCCGUCAGAAUAAAGUCCACAAAAACACUGAAUCAAUACGACUGGCAGCUAAAACCUAUCAGAGAAGUGCGGAGCUGCUGAUGUUACUGCUGCAACACUGGAGACUAAGAACAAACAAACCACAGACUGCCAAAAUCAACACCGGAGCGACAAACUCUGACCUGAGACCUGAGACACUUUAUCUGCCCGGAAAGUAAAAUAAGCCAGGCAAGCUCAGGUUUCAGCUCAGCAACUCUCUUCAUUCACCUCAUUUCAUGUUACGUGACUGGGGGUCGAGCAGGCCAGAAACUGAAAACUGCACAAUCUCUGCCUGCUGCUCUUGAGUGCUAUUUGUGAUUGAUAAGCAACCAUUGAUGUAUUGUUGAUUCAGUGACACUGUAUACUGAUACUGUUGGUGCUUUUUUUAAAGUGUUUCCUUAUUCUCUGCUACUGUGUACGUGCUACUGUAUGGUGCUAUGGACUCACCAGUGCUCUGACCUGCCUGGAAACUCCAGGUGAUUUCUGUUCCUCCUUAAAGAAAAGAUCAAUCUACUGUAUUCAUUUGUGAGGGUGCCCUCUAGUGGAAGGGCUGUCAGCUAAAGUGACAGAAACUUUAUCAGCACACAGUCUUUGGGUGUUAACACAAGUACUAAACACUUGGUAUAGACUAAUCCUUUUAUGUUGCAGGCUGAACCUGGCAAAGACUUUUGGCUUUAUCACAGCAUUUCGCCACGUCCUACCUCUCUACCUUUUAAUAACAAAAUUAUAAUUUAUUACAGAUCUAAAGGUGUUAAAACAAUAAGUAUUUCUACAUGGGAAACUCCGGCUUACAUUUCUGUCAUCUCAGUCCUUGCAGAUUUAAGGUGUCUGAGUACUAGUGGCAAACUGUGAUCAACUGACGCAUAAAUGUCUUCUUACAAUAAGCAGUUUCUUGUAUGUUUGUACAUAAUGUGUUGCAUCUACUUGAUCGCUAUCAAAGAAUAGUGUUUGUUAGAUAUCAAGGGCAUUAAAUAGUUUUGCAUGGAUGUGAUUUGUCCUUGUUGUGAACUGAUAGCGUGUGCUUUCUCAAAAGUGCCCUAUUUCUUUUUCUGUGCCGGGCUGUUAGGACCCAGUCAUUGAUUGAAACCCCCGGGUUUCCCAUGACAACAGGAGAAUGAGGACAUUAGAUAAUGAUGGAGUUAAUCAAUACUAUGAGUGGAUGAUUAGAGAGAAUGAUGGACUCAUGUCUUGCUCAAGUCUUAUUAAUAAUGUUUACCACAGAAAAGAGGAAAUGUUGCAAAGGUUUGCAAAAGUCUUAAGUUAUUUUUUACAGUUUAACAUGGAGGUGAGUAUUUUUGUUUUUGUUUUCCUUAUACCUUCAGUUUCACACACUUAAGUUAAUACAUUUAUAUUGGAAAUUAGCUGUUUCUACAUGUUUUUUUAAUAAAGGGUUAAACGAGA